AUGAACCUGUUUCAAAAGUAUGACGCUGCAAUUGUUAAGAAUGCGUCACAAAUCAAUUCUAUUGAGAGUUCAUUGCGUAUGCUGACGUAUGUGUUGCCAGGUCGUUUUGAGGAUUCCGAAUUCGCAUCAGAAGCACUAUUUGCUGCAUUGAAUCUUAUUGGAUUAUAUCAUGAUUCAAUUUUGGUGCGUGCUGCUACCGCCAAUCUUCCACCGGCAAAAAGACCGACACCUUCGCCACAUAAUCGGUAUACACGAUAUUGGAUCAAUUCAUCAAAAGUAUAUCAAAAUGCCGCGUUUCUGUUGACACUUCUUCAGUGUACUGAUGUGUUGAUGGAGAUGGGUAUUCAGAAAAAAUAUGGGAAAGAUGUAAAAUGGAAAUUUAUUACCGCGAUUGAAGCGAUAAAAACAAUUUGUAGAUUUGUACUUUUAUACCGAACUCGUAGACGAAUUGUGGUUCAACCAUCUAUUCCUCGACGUGAAAUUGAUCCAGCAGUUUUUAACGAAGAGCAAACAAAUGAAAGUCCUAGAGCACAAACCACGGAAACAUCCUGGUCUACUACUACUUCUAUUAUGAAUGAAGAUAAAAACGGAACAUGGACUGGAACACGUACUGGACAUAAACGUUUACAUAUUUCUGCAGUUAGUCAACAUAAUACUCCUGGAAAUAACAAUCAGGAUGUUUUUGAUUAUCUAACGAGGCGUGUAUUGAUGGUGGAAGAUGUCAGGAAUCCUAAAGAAUUGGUUCAUAUUAUGAAUUUCAUCGGUUCUUUUGGUGAAAUUUUGUACAUAGUAAGGCCAUUAAUUUAUGUGAUUGCUAUCAGAAAGUUUGGAAAUCAAUCAUGGAUGCCCUGGCUAACAUCAUUUUCCAUUGAAGCAUUAUCACGUAUACUUAUUGAUAUGUAUUAUACGAGGGAGAUACCAGGUGGUUAUCGUUGGCUAUCAAGUCUUGAGAAAGAAGAAUAUAAAAGAAGAUCCCGUCAAUUCUUUUAUUAUUUCUUGAGAAAUCCAUUCUAUUCCAAAUUCACAAAACAAAAGAUUGAUGCCUUUUGUAAUUCUAUGAGUACCAAACCGAUAUUGUCACUUUUAGGUGGCAUCUUACGAGAUUAUCAACCGUUGAUUGAAAAUCUUCAUUAUUACACUGCUUCGUCAUAG